AUGGCCUCUGCUCGCUCAUUGAUGCGGUUGGGGACUGGUCGCCCGUUGGCUUCGGCCGCGAGAUCGUCCCGGGGCUGCCGUGCCUUUUCCUCGACCCCUCUGUAUGCCUCGAAGGUUCCCGAGCCUGCUAAUAUGCGUCAGGCUCAGCGUGCCCCUGAGGGACCCCUCCGUGCGCCCGUCAUCAACCCUACCGACAAGCACCAGGGCAAAGCCGAGAGCCUGCACGCCUACGGUCAGUAUGUCAUGUCGUGUCUGCCGAAAUACAUCCAGCAGUUCUCCGUAUGGAAGGAUGAACUCGUUGUCUACGUCUCUCCCGCUGGCAUUGUCCCCGUGAUGAGCUUUUUGAAGAACCACACCGCCGCCGAAUUCACUCAGAUCUCCGAUAUUACUGCGGUCGACUUCCCUACCCGUGCGAACCGCUUCGAGGUCGUCUACAACUUGCUCAGUGUCCGAUACAACUCGCGUAUCCGUGUGAAGACCUACGCCGACGAGGCCAGCCCCAUUCCUAGUGUCACUGGUCUGUUCGAGGGUGCUCUGUGGUAUGAGCGUGAGGUGUACGACAUGUUCGGUGUCUUCUUCUCCGGACACCCCGAUCUGCGCCGUAUCAUGACCGACUAUGGUUUUGAUGGACACCCAUUGCGCAAGGACUUCCCCUUGACGGGUUACACCGAGCUCCGUUACUGCGAAGAGAAGAAGCGAAUUGUGAUCGAGCCGCUCGAGCUUACCCAGGCAUUCCGUAACUUCGAGGGCGGUACUACCGCAUGGGAACCCGUUGGACCUGGAGAGGACAGGACGCCCGACUCCAAAAGAAAAACCGCAAUGCCUAAACGAAAGAUCGGGGAUGUAGACGGUUCGGACAACAAAUACCGUCCCUUGAGUCUGCAAGCCGUGCGCUUAAAGUCUAGAUAUGAGCAGGGUGCGGUCGCCUUAUCGCGAGCGCUGAAGACCGCUCGGGGGUUUGAGCGCCAGAAGCUUGGGAGGAGAGAGAAGACAGCGAAGAAAGAGAAUGAAACGGCUACUUUGGAGAGGUUGGCGGGGGAGAUUAAUGCUUUGAAGACUCUGGACCUCAAUGUAACAGCGCAAAAAUAUCUUUUCAAACAACUUAUCAAGACUAAACGGAUCGCCGAAUCCCCUCACUUUAUCGAAUUCAAAGAUGCCCAGAGUUUUCCUACAGAUGGACCGCGCGAUACGGCCGAAGCCAACGUGACAGCCCGAUUAUUUAAAUCCAACCCAGUGCAGAAGGUCGUGCCGGGUAUCAUGGACGAUGUUAAGAAAAUGCUCAAGGUGGAUGAAAAACCCGCCGUGAAGAAGAACAAAACAGAGGAAAAUGAAGGCUCAUCUCGUGCGAAGAGCAAAGAGCCUGAGACAAAGGCCGAUAAGCGCACAAAAUCGGAUCGCAAGACCGAGAGCGCAGCGUCCAACGAUGAGCCAGAAGGGGAUAUUGAAAUGGACGACGCCGAGAGCUUGGACCUGGCGCAAUUCGAUUCGCGACUCGCCUCUGGCUCUGACGACGACGACGAUGAUGAAGACGAAGACGAAAACGAAUCAAACCGCAGAACACUACUGAAAAAUGACCACAACUCCGACAUUUCCAUCUCCCGAUCACCAACCCCCGAAGAGGAAGACGAAGACGAAGACGAAAACGACAACAUCUCCAUUUCAGGCUCUGAGUCCGAAUCACCCCCCUCCAAAAAGGCAAAGAGCAAUAAGAAACUAUCCGCCGCCGACCCAGUAACAAGCACCACAUUCCUUCCAUCCCUAAGCAUGGGCGGAUACUUUUCCGGCUCCGAAUCCGAAGCCGAAGACAUCGACUCGAAUGAGCCCCCGCGACGCAAAAACCGCAUGGGCCAGCAAGCCCGUCGUGCACUCUGGGAGAAGAAGUUCGGAAGCGGGGCGAAUCACGUCAAGAACCAGGCAGCCAAGGAUAAGCGGAAUCGCGAUAGUGGGUGGGAUACUCGGAGAGGUGCUACAGGUGGCGGUGAUAGGAGACGCGGUGGUGGCGGAUUUGGAGGACGAGAUGCGGGUGGAAGACAAGGUGGUGGAUCUGGAAUGCCCAGAAGGAAGCCUGAAGAGGAUAAUAAGCCAUUGCAUCCAUCUUGGGAGGCAGCGAAGAAAGCGAAAGAGGCAAAGGCUACAGCGGCAUUCGCUGGAAAGAAGGUUACAUUUGAUUAG